CCAGGAGGCAGAGAAGAAGCAGGAUGGAGAUCCCGGUGCCUGUGCAGCCUUCUUGGCUGCGCCGCCCCUCGGCCCCCUUUCCUGGGCGCCUUUUCGACCAGCGCUUUGGAGAGGGGUUGCUGGAGGCAGAGCUGGCCACCCUCUGCCCCGCUGCACUGGCACCCUACUAUCUGCGGGCACCCAGCGUGGCUUUGCCCAAUGCCCAGGUGUCCACCGACCCUGGCCAUUUUUCUGUGCUGCUGGAUGUGAAGCAUUUCUCCCCAGAGGAAAUCGCUGUCAAGGUGGUUGGUGACCAUGUGGAAGUGCACGCACGCCAUGAGGAGCGCCCGGUGAGCCGGCUGGUGGGGACUGUGAGGAGUGGGGGGUGGACAGGAGCAGGGGCCUCGCCGCUCAAGCCUCUCUCUUUCCAGGACGAGCAUGGUUUCGUCGCUCGUGAGUUCCAUCGCCGCUACCUCUUGCCACCUGGCGUGGACCCUGCGGCCGUGACCUCCGCACUCUCCCCGGAGGGCAUUCUGUCCAUCCAGGCUGCCCCCGCACCCGUCCAGGCCCCACUGCCAGCGCCACCAGCGGCUGCUGCCAAAUAGGGGUCUGCGCGUGCCUGAACCCUGAGGCCCCCCCGAGGCCCUCUUUUAAAGCCGACCUGACUCCACAUAGCCAGAAGUCCGGAAUGUGUCAAGACCACCCUCCCCUUCAACCUGGAACAUUGCCCUGACCCUUCCAGCCAAACCUUUCCAGGGCAUGCAU